CUUUUUAUAGAGUAAAUGCAAAAUAAACACCAGUUUUGUUUUAAAGAAAGCUUUUAUAGCAUCUAUAUUUCUGUUUAGAUUGGAACCGCGACUGCCUCGGACUGGCACUCAACUUUAGCUUGAUCCGCGUAAAUGUGUGUACAUAUAUUUGGCAGUCUGCCCGUCCGGCAAACAAACAUCAUAAACAUUUUAAGAGUACAGCGAUCGAGAAUCGAGAGCACAUCCCCAUAUGCUCGAUUGAAAUUGUAUUCGACUGAAGAGAGGAAGCAGAGCACUGAGAUCAGUCGGACCAAGGAGCAGGCACGGACCAGUCCACGCCCCAGGCAGUCGUUAAUUAAGUUCGCGAAGAAAAGUUGUUUUGAAAAUCAUACAACUUUUAAUAUUUUCCAAAUACUUGCGGCAUGUUUAAAGUGUCGCAGGAAAUGCGCCUGAAUACCCAGGCGGCAGCUACCACCGCCUGCAGUCCCGGUGGGAGUGGUGCUCUGGAGGCCCAUAGUCCGGAGGAAGGCGGUAUUUUUGGACGCUACCAGCGCACGCCCGAUGCGGAUGCCUAUCCCGCAGAGCCGCCCCGGGUUUAUGUGGCACCCGAACUGACCGAUGCCGGCAAGGUGCAGCUGCUCCACUUUCCCAGUGGCGCGAUGAGGGUCAAUAGCUCGGUGGGCUUCGUCAUCAAACGGAACGGGGUCAAGGGGAACUUCGAGGUGCGCGUAGAGGGUCCCAGUGGGCAGCCCAUUCAGCCUGUCCAACAGCAACAGCUGGAUCCGGAGCGCUUUCAGAUCGACUGCCAGUUGGCAGCCGGAGCGGGACUCUAUAAGGUGCACAUCAAGUGCAAUUCAGUUACGUUGCCCAGGUCGCCGUUCAUCAUUGUGGCCAUAGCAGGCCUUGCAGACUCUGUGGAAGGGAAGCCAGCGAGCUCGACAGUCCCCAUCUUGGACUCGGAUGUCAGCAAGGUGCACAGUCGAGGCCUGGGUCUUACCCACGUCAGUCUAUUGGAGCGCAAUGAGUUCACGGUGGACUGCAGCCAGGCGGGCAGCAACAUGCUAUUGGUGGGCGUCCUGGGACAGCGAGGCCCUUGCGAGGAGGUGGUGGUCAAGCACUUGGGCCGUAACAUCCAUCGGGUUACCUAUCGUGUCUGCGAUCCCGGCGAUUAUGUCUUAGUGGCCAAGUGGGGGGAACAGCACAUACCGGGAUCGCCGUUUAGCCUUACAGCGGAUUAGGAUUCGAAAUCAAUGUGAGUUUCCGGUUGUGUACGAGAACAUCUGCUGACCUUGAUUUGGAGCUAUUUCUAUGUCUUCUCUAUCUUUGUAUCCUCCGAGUGGUUCCCUGAGGGGAUGUUCAGUUUAAUGACGAUUACGGAAGCAUUAUGGCUACUGGAACACGUUUCUUUUUAGCCCUGUUCAACGAUAAUGACGUUGGCAUUUGGAAUUGAUGCUGUCGUCGCCUCACAACCUACAUAUGUAUGUAUAUAAUGAUGAUGACCGGCAAAUGUACCAAAUGAAAAUGAAUACCA